AUGGAAGAGUUCGAGAACCUCGCAAGUUAUCUUCUCUCAACUCUCUCUUCUGAUCCAGAGGUUCGUCGAUCAGCUGAGAAACUCCUAUCAGAUGCUUCGGGUGUGCCUGGGUACGGCUUAAACCUUCUCCGGGUCAUAGCUACUGAAUCGCUCAACGAGCACGCCCGUCAUGCUGGUUCCAUUUUCUUCAAAAACUAUCUCCGGUGGCUCGAUGGGUUAGCAUCACCGAUCUCAGAUUCUGAUAAAGAGCAAGCCAUGAUCGCCAUUGUAUCUCUUAUGGAGUCUCCUCUAUCUUCUCGGAUCAAGAUACAGCUGAAUGAAGCCGCCACAAUUGUCAUUGGCAACAGUGAUUGCCUCAAAUCGUGGCCAACGUUUAUUCCCUGUCUCAUCUCCCAAGUUCAUAAGGCGGCAGAGGCCCAAGAUUAUGCAUCCGUAAAUGUAUUUCUUGGCACCGCUGAUUCGAUUUUUAGAAGGUUUAGGCACGAUGAGAUGAUGAACGAGGAUGAGCUUCUUAGAUUGAAGUAUUGUCAUGAAAAGUUUUAUGAUCAGCUUAUUCAGUUGUUCAAGAAAACUAAUUCAUUGAUUAAGACUUUGUCUUCCCCCACAGUGAUAGUGGUGCUGAUUGAAUCCCUAAGAUUGUGCUGCUGCGUUUUCUUCUCGUUCAACUUUAGGGUUUUGCCAGCGGUUUUCACGGAACACAUGAAAGAUAUUCUCACACAGUUUCACAAUUACUUGUCAUCACCUCGUCUCGUUUUGGGAAUAUGCAUAGACGAUCUUCUUGUUGAAACAGUGGCUAACAUCAACCUUUUAAUGGAGAAACACGAAAGGCAACACUUUGCAGGGUAUGUAUCUUAUUUUGGGAGAACCAUCCUGACACUAGUAGCAAAUUUGUCAACUUCUCCUAUUAGUGAGGAUGAACUUGUUACUGGUGGUAUGAGGUUUGUGACUAGCGUGAGCAGAAGCGGACACCAUGUCAUGCUUUCAGAAGAUAAUGUCAUCAAAGAUAUAUGCAGAGUAAUUGUGAUUCCAAAUAUGAUUCUGACCACUGAAGAUGAAAGAAUUUUCGAAAGGAACUACAUGGAGUUCAUCCACAGAGACCUAGAUGCAAGUGGCAGUAGAAGAAGAAUAGCUUCAGAACUUUUGAAUGGGCUUGCAUCAAACUACGAAAUGCAGGUACAUGGAGUUGUUGUGCAUGAGUUACAGAAGAUCCAUAGUUGCUUUUCAGAAAAUCCGACUGCACGGUGGAGAAGUAAGGUUUGCCUCAUUGACUUGGUUAUUGCUCUGGAUAAUGAUGUGCUCAGGUUAGCCUUUCAGAGAAUCAUUCUCUCUGAUUUGCUAGAGCACAUAAGUUCUGAACCGAUGCUCAUGGCAGGGUCCUUGAAGUUUUUAGCCAUGUAUGCUGGUCAUGUACGAAAGCCAAUUGGCAUUAAACUGUUUGAGAUCCUGACUCAAUUGCUUCAAGAAAAGUCCAAUGUUGUUCACUCAUAUGCAGCUAGAUGCAUAGAGAAGCUCGUACUAGUGAAGGAGGAAAAUGGAGAGAGUAGGUACCUCGCUGGUGAUUUUCAUGCUGAAUUAAUAAUCACCAACUUGUUUGCGGCAUUGAAACUUGCAGGGUCAGAGGAGAAUCACUAUGUCAUGAAGUGCAUAAUGCUGGUCCUUGGUGUUUCUGAAAUCAGUACGGAGUCUACUGGAAGUUAUAUACUGGCUUUAACCUCUAUGCUCACAGAAGUCUUCUGCAGAAGUUCUAAAAACCCGUUGUUCAAAGAGUUUGUUUUCGAGUCCAUCUCCGUGCUUCUUCAAAGGGUGAUUGAAGAAACUGUAGCUUAUACACCUGCAUUUGAGGAGUUCCUCUUCCCAACACUGAAGAUGAUCAUCGACAAGGAAAUCACAGAAUCCAUGACCUAUGCACAUAAGCUGAUAAAUCAGCUUUUGCUGUUAAAUAGACCAACUCUAAGCUACUGGAUUCGACUAUGGCAACAGUCUACAUAG